AUGGAAGAAACUCAAACUCAAAGAAUUACCGAAGUUAGGAACCAAGAGAAGCUCAUUCAUUCGAUCAGCAAGGAACUAGACUCCACCUGAUGGACUGACUUUUACUUUGCUGUUUACUCUACUGAGUCGAACCAGCCGACAUCAUAUUCUCUGUAUGGGGAUGACUCUGAGGAAGAAGAAUCCAAUAUUUGCUGGGACAAAUAUAAAAAUGGCAAGGUUGCACAAAAAUGCAGAUAUCUCAAAUUAUUUGAUAUCGAACAUUUUAAUAUGAAUAAUAUUGAAAAGCUGAUUAAACUCUUUCAUACUUUUCUGAACUCUUCAUUCCCAGAUAGUGUUCACAAUCUCAAUGUUUCUUGCAGAGACUUCAAAAAGUUGAAUAAGUUCGAUUUUUUUAAAUCUGUCAUAAAAUUAAGCUCGAAAAUCUGAAAUAGUGCUUGCUUUUAUCAAUUUUCAUUUGGUGAGUCCCAAUUCAAAAGACUGAUUGCAGCAUACAGACAUGUGUACAAUUUGACUUUCCGGAAGUGCAAUCUCUCUAUUCCGAAUCCUCUAGAUUUAUCUACAGCCCUUAAAGACACUAAAAUCGAAAGGCUAAAUUUUUAUAUGUCUGGGUCAUUUAUCUGAAGUAAUUGGAAAGCUAGUCCCAAUGAUUUCAAACACUUAGUACACGGUCUCGGUACUUCUGAAGACCUGGCCCAAACUCUCAGAGAAAUUGACUUCAGAAACUGUGGACUUGAGAGAGGACAAGUCAAAGAAUUGCUAACUCAGAAUGGCUUAGGAGGAAAAACCUUCCUUGUUUAAAUAAAAAUAUUCGCCUUCAA